CAAAGUCUGCUCAGAAAAGGGGAAAGGAAGAAAAAAAAAUGAAAUGAGUAUCCAGUCGUAUCCAGUCGUAAACACAAUUUCCAGGGCCGAGUGGUCGUCCCUACGAAAGAGGCUAGACAACGUGAAUUAGCGUGGUCGAUUCCCUGCUCGAGUGCCGCUCAAUCUGCGUUGGCCUGAGGACUGAGGCGUAGUCCCAGCACUAAGACUAAGACCAACGCUAGUCACCACCAACCUCGACCAGUCAGUCCACCAGUCCACCAACACCUCCACCCAUCUCGACCUCCCCCGAUCUUCACCCACUCUCGCUGGCUACCUCUGUCGCGCUCGCUUUCGACCUCGAGAUAUCCCUCAUUCGCACCACCCUACACCACCACGCGAUCGCGACCGAUUAUCCCACCCACGGGUCAGGGGACGCAUUGCGAAGGCACCCCCCAACAACUAAAAGUCGCACUGCCGACCGAGACAGCUUGUUUUCGCUCCUCACCCGCUCGUCGUCGGCGUCGUGAGCCCUUCAAUUCGCCAUGGGCUCGACGCAAUUCGGCAACUUCCACGACUUUUGUCGCGACUCGACAUUACCCGUCUGCAAUCUUUUCAAUGUGAACCAACCGCCCGGAAGUCACUAUGGUGGAUGUGUUUUGGAAGGUAUCGGGCUUAGCGGAGGUCGGAACCUCGCUAAUCUAGGCUCGAUUCUCAUCGCGUUCGUUGCGAUUCUGGUCUCGAUCGGACUGCUAUGGCUGUCGGACAGGAAGCAUGCCGCCGUUGGGCGACGUGAGAUUCAAAUAUUUUUGUUGGGGUUCAUUGUUAUCGAGAUUUGCGAGAUUUUCUCUGUCGGUGGUAUUCCACUUGACGAUAAUGUGCGAAAGGGGUUUUCGGCGGUCCACAUCGCGGCGAUCACCGCCACAUCCUGGAUCCUUCUCUUGAACGCGCUUGUUGGCUUCCAGCUUAUUGACGAUGGUACGCCAGCCUCGAUUGGCUUAAUUUCUGCCUCUGCAAUCGCUUUAUUCAUUGGUACUGGAUAUAUCGCCCUUGACACGGCAUUCUCCUGGACCGGUCAUUUCGACUCUAGCUUGACGGGUAACAACCGCAACAUCGGCCUUUAUGUGUUGUACCAGCUCUUCCCGCUGAUUUGCCUGGUUCUGUUCUUCUUGCUUGAAACCGUCCUGGUGUUGCGGGUGCUGGGCGAGCUCCGUCCAAUGUUCUAUCUUGCCGGCGCCGGCCUGCUCUUUGCCAUUGGUCAGAUUUUCCAGUACGUGAUCAGUACGCAUCUGUGUCAGGCCACAUCUGGGAAAAUCAACGGCGCUUUAUUCGAAACCCUGUUCACCCUCCUCUCCGUCGUUGGCGUCUGGGGCUUCUGGAGCAGUAUCACCGAAGACGACUGGCCCCUGCCCGUCGGAAGUGGUUAUAACUAAACCCCGAUUUUCCACAAAGUUUUAUGAUGUUGAAGCUUAGUCUUCUUACGUGCUGAUCUUUCUUUGCCCCCUCCACAUUUCACAUUUUUACAUGUUCUUCCGAUACAUACAUGGAAUUUUAUGUCUUCAGAGACUCUUCGAGGCGUUGCGAGUUCCUUUCCUAGUCAUGAGACGGGGGUCUAGUGGGGGUCCCGUCUACGAUGAACAGAGCUUUUGACGUUGUGAUACCACACAUUCCUCUAGGUCACGUUUCACGAUUUUUGCGUCUGCUUGUUAAUUAUCUCUCUUACUCUCUGCGUGCCUUUACGGGCAGGUGUUAUGCCUGGUUCUUGUUUUUGAAAUCUCUCUUCGAUAUCCUAUGUUGUCCUAGGGAAUUCUGAUGCUUUCCUGGUGGGCGGUGGUGAUCUGUACGUGGAUCGUUAAUUUUUGUACUCCCCCCCCCCAUUACGGGCAUUGUUUUGGGGAAGUGUUGUUCUUUUCUUUUUAUUUUGUCAGAUACCUUUUCGUCAUGUAAUUAAGGUCAUUAUUCCAUGUUCCAUAGUUCAUUGCUUUUGGGACAGGCUGCUACUUCCCCUAGAUUUCCCGUGUGCACCCGGCCUUGGAUUUUUGUCUGAUGGGCUAAAUCAUGCUAAGCCUGUCAUGAGUAUAAGUAUCUUUCGAAGAGUCUUGUG